AUGGAAGGAGAUAAAGACAGUGAAUGGAUGUUGAACACGAAUGAUUACGUUGUUCCAAUUCGCGCUCUGAAUGCUCAGGGCGUCGAGACUGUUUCUCUCUUAUUUCUGGAGCACCACCAGUUUGACUAUGACAGUAGCGUCGGUGGCGGUGGAGAGAGUGGAACCACCGCUGCCAUUGGAGUGAGACUGGGAGAGUUGAAGAAGGUCAAGAUUGAAAGCUCGCAAAUAUCGCAUUCAGAUUCGGUGAAUCAAUACGGCGGCGUCGCGGUGUGUGCGGUGUGUUUGGAAGAGCUCUCGGUGGGGAUAGAAGCGACAUGCACUCCUUGUUCCCACCUUUACCAUGAAAUUUGUAUCCUCAAUUGGCUUCACAACAGUACUACUUGUCCUUUGUGUCGAUUUCAGAUGAUUUCUUCCUAA